UUGGUUUUCUUCGCCCCAGAAUUACUCAAAGAAGCUAGAGAAUCUUUCCUUAAAGUCUCUUCUGACGUUGUUAAAAAUUACACUGUAAAUAAACAAUUUGCAGCUUAUCUAAGCGAUCCAGAGAAGCUCGAGAACAACAAAGAAUACAUGGAAAUGAUUGAAUACGGUUGGCCAGUUUCAUCUCUUGAAUAUGCAAUAAUGAAGGACGAUGUUACAAAAAUGAAGGCUCAUCCAAAGUUUUCAUUGGAUUACAAGGUCGAACCUAAUAAUUUCGACCAAAAUGAUUACACACGUUACGGCUGUUCUUUACUUCAAUUUGCCGCAUUUUACAAUGCCGAGAAAUGCUUCUUUGAGCUUUGCGAUCAGAUUCCAUAUGAUGCCUCAAUAGUAAAUGCAGCAGUUGCAGGCGGAAACAUGAAAAUUAUUGAUUGGUUGCAUAAUAAGGGAGCAGAAGUCGAAUUAGCGCUUGAAGUAGGUGCUAACUACCGUAGAUAUGACUACUUCCAGAAGUAUAUCACACCAGAAGUCUGUCAGAAACCGAAAAUGGAAAAUAUUGUUGAUGAUGUUCUUCAAAAGUGCAUGUUUACCAACAAUUUAGGCAUGCUUAUAUUCUGUCAUAACUGUGGUGUUACAAAAGGCAAGGAAAACAAGCUUCUCUUCGAUUGUGCAGAAAGUGAUGCAUAUCUUGAGUCUUUCAAGAUACUUACACUAUUCCCAGAAGUUGAUAUAAACUCUAGAAACAAGGAUAAUUGGACUCCUUUGCAUAAUGCCGCUCAUUUCGGUUCAUUAAAAAUUAUUAAACACAUGGUUACAAUCCCUGGACUUGAUAUUAAUGCAAGGGAAAGCUUGGGAAGGACCCCACUCCAUGUUGCCGCUGCAAUGGACGAACUUGAAGUAGUUUCAUUUUUAUUGUCUUGCACAAUCGUUGAUCCAAACUGUUUGGAUGAUUGGGAUAGAACACCACUUCAUCUUGCUGCAGCGAAUGGUCGAUCACUAACAGUACAAUAUCUGAUUAAAGUGAAAAGUGUUAUCAUUAACAGGACGGAUAAGUUUGGUCAUACACCUAAACAACUUUCCAAUGACCCAGAAACUAUUAAUAUCUUAGAUAUGGCAGAACUCGACUUACAUUAA